AGCUGGCCUGGCCUCUGUCCCAUUUCUGUUCCCCACCUGUCUCUACCCUUUUCUCCCCUUUCCCUGGCUCUGCCAGACUCUAUCUCCCUGGGCACCAGCCUCCUGGCCACCCCUGGAGGCGGGGCUUAGCAGCACCCACGUGUGUGGGAGUUAAAUGCUCAGAGUCAGCACCAGCGCUUGGGCAGAGAAGGAGCACCAUGGCUGGCAAGAAAGUCUGCAUUGUGGGUUCCGGCAACUGGGGCUCAGCCAUUGCCAAGAUUGUAGGUGGCAAUGCAGCCCAGCUGGCACGCUUUGACCCACGGGUGACCAUGUGGGUAUUUGAGGAAGACAUCGGGGGCAGAAAGCUGACAGAGAUUAUCAACACACAGCAUGAGAAUGUAAAAUACCUGCCUGGGCACAAGCUGCCCCACAAUGUGGUGGCUAUCCCAGAUGUGGUCCAGGCUGCAGCGGAUGCUGACAUCCUGAUUUUUGUGGUGCCCCAUCAGUUCAUUGGCAAGAUCUGUGACCAGCUCAAGGGCCACCUAAAGGCUAACACCAUCGGCAUAUCUCUAAUUAAGGGGGUAGACGAGGGCCCCAAUGGGCUGAAGCUCAUCUCUGAAGUGAUUGGGGAACGCCUUGGCAUCCCCAUGAGCGUGCUGAUGGGGGCCAACAUUGCCAACGAGGUGGCUGAUGAGAAGUUCUGUGAGACCACCAUUGGCUGCAAGGACCUGGCCCAGGGACAGCUUCUGAAAGAACUGAUGCAGACACUCAAUUUCCGUAUCACAGUGGUGCAAGAGGUGGACACAGUGGAGAUCUGCGGGGCCUUAAAGAAUAUAGUGGCCGUGGGGGCUGGCUUCUGUGAUGGGCUGGGCUUUGGCGACAACACCAAGGCAGCAGUGAUCCGGCUGGGCCUCAUGGAGAUGAUCGCCUUUGCCAAGCUCUUCUGCAGUGGCCCUGUGUCCUCUGCCACCUUCUUGGAGAGCUGUGGUGUUGCUGACCUGAUUACUACCUGCUAUGGAGGGCGGAACCGCAAGGUGGCUGAGGCCUUUGCUCGCACUGGAAAGUCCAUUGAGCAGCUAGAAAAAGAGAUGCUGAAUGGGCAGAAGCUGCAGGGGCCCCAAACAGCCCGGGAGCUGCACAGCAUCCUCCAGCACAAGGGCCUGGUGGACAAGUUCCCGCUGUUCACAGCUGUGUACAAGAUAUGCUAUGAGGGCCAGCCAGUGGGUGAAUUCAUCUGCUGCCUGCAGAAUCAUCCAGAACACAUGUGAGUGGGGCCAAGGGCCCAGGAAGGCAGUUCCUUUACUCUAGUAGAGAGAAGCAGAGCUUGGGACCUGGUCACCAUGACAUCUUCAGGACUCCCCACUGAGCAAUCUGUUCAUUGAAGGACACUGGAGGACAGAAGGCUGGGGGGCUCAGCUACAAACCUGGGGUACUGAACUACAGGAAGCUGGCAGCCUCUUGCAGAAAUGAGACUGCCUUGUCUCUCUCCAGAUGUGGAGAUUUCUCACAGUCCUAUGGAAGGCAUAGACUCAAGUCCCAGUGCUACCUGCUCUAGGGGUGGGGUGGGUGGAGGGAUAAAAGGGCACUAGAGCAAAGGCUGCCCGUUUCUGCUUCACACAGACCAGGAACCUGUCCCCAAGCCUGACUAAGUGGCUAAAGAAGUACCUUAGCCACAGGAAGGAUAAGGCAAGGGCUGCCAGGGAAGGGUCUGGGUGUUUCAGCUGACAUUGGCCCCAGAGACCCCUUGGCUGAUCUAUGCCAGGUGGCUCACAGCCUCAGUGAUCCCAGUGUUUUGUUAGGAAAAUACAAAGAUCUCAAACAACUCCCUUCUAGCUUCUCCUAGCAACAUUUGGGUCCUCAGAAAUCUCUGGUCAUCCCCUUUCCCCUCCUCUCCAGGCUGACCUGGCGCAAGAGUUGCUCCAUGUUGGCAUCACUGACCCUACGGCUUGCCAUUCUCCCUAGGGACUUCCUGGUUCCCAGAUCUCUGCCAGCUCCUCCCCACCCUGUGUGACCUUUCCUUUUCCUGCCCCGCCAGCACCCUUUUUGGGGAGCAGGAACUUAAUCUGCUGACAGAGCUCCACCUUUUCAUAGCAGGCUCAGAUCCCUGGGCUCCCUAUGACCUUUGUAUUUGCCCUAGUCAGUAGCUCUAGCUGUGGGGGGAGGUGUCAGCUGGGUCUCUUCUGCUGUUUAUCACCUCAGAGGAUGGCCCUGACUCUACCCCUUCCCUCUCUCCAACUCUGCACCUCUUUCUCUGCUGCCCUCGAGCAGCCAGGAGAGCUAACCAGCAGCUGGUAUCUGCAGACCUGGGGCCAGAGUGGCCUAAAGGCUGAGCAGGUUCCCACACUGGUGGGUCUUGACAUUGCCAGAUCAGCUCUCUUUCCUUGAAUGAGGGCCUCUCAUGAGGGACUAACUACAUCAACACUUUAGGAACUGAGAAAUUCAAGGAGGAGGAAGAAAAUAAAGACAGCCCUGCCCCCUGGGGUAAGGAGAGGAAGGGAGUAGGAAGGGAGAGAAGUGUGCUUUGCAUAGGCUUUGCUUCAGAACUGGGUAGUGGCAGGGGAAUGUCACAAGUCAGCAGCCUGGGACCCUAGCUAUAAAUAGUCCCUGACGGCUGAGAGGCCCCUGCAUCCAGCAGGGAUCUCCAUUUCUUGUGUGGCAGCACCUGGCACACUGGCUCUGGCCAAUGUUGUGUUAACCCUUCCUUACUCCCCAGCAAGCCAGGGUGCUGGGUUGCUCUUGGCUCCUAGCCCUUAAGAGUUUAGUCUCACUAGUGAAGGGCAGCACUGAGGUUCAGAGAGGAGGGGCACAGUCACCUAGGAGGUUGGAGGGGAAACAGAGACAGCUUCCGACACCUUUACCUACUUCUGUUCGGUCCACAGACAACUGAAUCCAAGGCCUUCUUGUCGGGCCACUUGUCCACCCAAUAAAGCGUGUUUUUUCCAAAACUGGACG